AUGACAGCCCCACCCCCCGACCCGUCCGAUGCCACUCCAAAAACACUAAUAUCCCAAGGCGCCGAAGCACUCGUCUACCGCACGACCUUCCUCGUCCCCACGCUCCCCGCACUACUCAAGCACCGCCCCCGCAAGACCUACCGCCACCCAACGCUCGACGCACGCCUAACCAAGCACCGAGUCCUCUCCGAAGCCCGCCUCCUCGUCCGCGCGCGCGGCCUCGGCAUCCCCGUGCCGGCGGUCUACUUCGUCGACGAGGCGAAUGGCUCCAUCUUCAUGGAGUGGAUCGACGGGUCCAGUGUUCGGCAGGUGCUGGAUGCGAUCCUGGCAUCGCCGGGGGGCGAGGGCAAGGUGGACGCCAUGAUGGUUCGUGUGGGAGAGGCCGUCGGGAGACUGCAUAAGGCGGAUAUUGUCCAUGGGGACUUGACGACCAGUAACCUGAUGGUCCGGAAGGUUGGGGGGGUGGAAGAGCAGGAGGGCGGCGCGGGCGAGGUUGUGUUGAUUGAUUUUGGGCUGGGCCAGGUCAGCACGCAGGAGGAGGAUAAGGCCGUGGAUCUGUAUGUGCUGGAGAGGGCGUUCAGUAGUACGCAUCCGAAGGCGGAGAAGCUGUUUGAGGAUGUGUUGAGCGCUUAUGGGAGGAGCUGGAAGGGGGGGAAGACGGUGCUGAGGAGGCUGCAGGAUGUGAGGAUGAGGGGGAGGAAGAGGAGUAUGCUGGGGUAG